CCGAACACACAACGAGCCUAAUGUAUUCAUAGGUUCGCAUAAUUAUUUACAAAUUUGCUCUUAAUCACGCUCCAUACUAUUUAUAUACUCGUAGAAUCCGAUUGCACAUUGGUUUACUGUAUCCGACAUAGUCACAUAUUUUAACGGUUUAACAAAAGUUGUAUUUGUUCUCAACUGCUCGGUAUGUUACAAUUUCUGUCUCCCACCACAGCCAUUCUUGGCUUAGUCUUGGUCUUCGUAGUAUGGUUCUUCACGCCGAAGAAACCAGCCAAACUUCCGCCUGGACCACCAUGUAAACCAAUUAUCGGCAAUUUAGACCGCAUUAAGGGUGAAGGAAACGCUUUGCUGGAGCAUCUUACCAACCUAACCGGGCAAUAUGGAGAUAACGGAUUGUGCACGCUGUACUUUGGACACCGCGCGAAUGUGUUUGUCAAUAAUUACGAGAUCAUCAAGCAAAUGCUGAAUGACGACAAGUAUGCUGGCCGACCGGAAGGGAUGUUCGAUAUCAUAUUCAAGCGUAAAGGGUUGCUGUUUACGGAUGGUGAGCUGUGGAAAGAACAACGGCGUUUCGCUCUCUCAACGCUCCGCGAUUUCGGUCUUGGGAAAACCUGGCUGCAGGAUUUAAUUCUCGAUGAAGCAAGCGAACUAAUCGGCGAUUUGGCAGCUGUUGAUGGGCAGCCCAUCAAUCCCACCAAUUACUUGACGCCCAGUGUGUCCAACGUCAUUUGCGCCAUAUCCUACGGACAGCGCUUCAGCCACACCGACCAGCGCUUCCGGAAGUUGGCCAACCUGGUCGGCGAGAAUGUUAAACUGACCGCUCGAUUACGGCUAGUACAGAUUUUCCCAUUUUUGCGCCAUAUUCCAUUUAGCGGCUGGCAGGAAGCCUUCGUGGCUUUGACCACCAAUAUGCGUCAGGAAGUGGCAUUCUUCCGUGAACUGAUUCAGGAUCAUAAAGCACAUUUGGAAGGAGAAUUGCGGGAUUAUAUUCAUGCGUACCUGAUUGAAAUGGACAAACAGAAAACGAAUCCGCUGAGCACCUUUACCGAAGACCAACUAGAAAUGGCAAUGCUGAAUUUAUUUGGGGCCGGUACGGAAACCACCUCGACAACAAUGACAUGGGCGAUUAUUUACCUAUUAGAAAAUCCAGAUAUUUAUAAAAAACUUCAGGCUGAGGUCGACGAAGUUUUGCCGGCUGGACAGUAUCCCACUUUGGAUUUACGCGAUCGACUACCAUAUAUGCAGGCCGUGAUCCAGGAAGUACAAAGAAUGGCCAAUUUAGUCCCGUUUGCCAUCCGUUCACCGACGGAAGAUGUCAAGAUUCACGGCUAUGAAAUUCCCGCCGGCACCAUCAUCACGCCUAAUCUGUACGCGGUACACAUGGAUCCUCAGUAUUUUCCGGAACCCCAGCGAUUCAAUCCGGAGCGAUUUCUGGAUAAGGAAGGCAAUUUAAAACCGAAAGUCGAAGGGUUUCUGCCGUUUUCUAUUGGUAAACGCUUUUGCCUGGGAGAGUCGCUGGCCAAAAUGGAAUUGUUUAUUUUCUUUGCCAGUCUGCUGAGCCAUUUUACCUUCGAACGCGCAUCGGGACGUUCUUUCAGCAGUAAGAAAUCGGUCUACGGAAAUGUGGUCAAUUCUCCGGAGUACUUUGAAAUAAUUUUUGAGAAGCGCCAAUAUUAACUGUUUUUGGGACCCGAAGAUUGGCAUGUAUUUAACUCGAGAGCACGUAGCUUCACGGCAGCAUAUUUGGAUUGCGCAGCAUGUAUUCCACUUUUCACGCGAUAAUAAUAUAACAUUCCAAGCAAAAACAAACUGCAACAAUGAAUUAUGUUGAAUGAAAUUAUUGGCACACUAUUUACUGGCUCAUACUGGCACACAAAUUAGUGUUACACUACAGUAUUAUGGUCAUUUCCAAUACUGGUUUUCUGAAAUUAUGUUCGUUCUUGUGCAGAUACUGGAGCAGUCAAAGAAAAAAUGAUUUGUGCGAUUAAACUUUAACUACUGCUUUACAAA